GAAUAACUAUUUUAAUAUUUAUCAUUUAAAGAUUAUGAGAAUUUUAUUUUACAUAUAUUUUCAUUUACAUUUUGAAUGCUGUGACGAUAUCGCGUUACCUAAAGUAAGAUUUAUAUUUAUAUGAACUAUGAGUAAUGCAUUGAAGCAACGUUCAGAUGUUUAAAUCGCUGUUUUUUUGAAGUAAAAUAACUUAUAUAUUUUCAUUUAUUCAUAAAUUAAUAUUUAAUGCGUUGUAUUACACCUGAAUACUCGUUAUCAUGUAUAUAAACAUAUUAUGAUUAGUAGCCUCAGUUGAUAACAGACGUUCCGGCAGGGAGGUAACUGUCGUGACAUAUAUUUCACGAAUGCAUUGGUUUGUAACGUAAUAAUAUUUAAAAAAGGGUUUGCGAUGGGUUCCAUCAACUGGGGGGAAUUAUUCCCGGGAAGAUGGAGUCCUGUCAUUUUUAUUUCGUACAUGGCCCUUUUUGUAAAUCAAGGUAUUAUUGUAACUUGGUCUCAAAGAGAUGGACACUACGAAUAUAACAUUAUUAUGGUAGUAUUGAUGACAGAAGUGUUAAAACUGCUUGCCUCAAUUAUUUUGUAUUGCAAAGACAAUAGUGUCUCAAGUCUCAUUCAAGAAGUAACUAGAAAUAAAAAAGUGUUACUUCUGUACACGAUACCUUCAUUUUUAUAUUGUCUGUACAAUAAUUUGGCAUUUAUCAACUUGGCUGCAUUUGAUCCAACAACUUAUUAUGUUUUAUUGCAACUUCGUGUUGUUAUGACUGGAAUUAUUUUCCAGGUCGUUUUUGAUAAGAAAUUGUCACUUAAGCAAUGGUUUUCAUUAGUAUUGUUAACUAUUGGAUGUAUGGUGAAACAUUUAGAGUUGGAUUUAAAUGUCAAUAUAUUUAAGGCCAAAGUUAACUUAAAUAGUAAUAUAAUUUUAAUAUUUUUACAGACUAUUUGUUCUUGCCUGGCUGGAGUAUACAAUGAAUAUUUACUUAAAGAACAGGGAGCAAGCAUCAAUAUUUUUGUACAGAAUGUAUUUAUGUAUGUUGACAGUAUAUUUUGGAAUUUUUCAGUUUUUAUAUUACUCUACAUUUUUGAAAAUAGCACAUCUAAUAUAUUUAAAGACGCCAGUCCUAGUAUACUUUUACAACCAAAGGUUAUUUUAAUUAUGUUAAAUAGUACAGCAAUCGGAAUAAUAACAAGUUUGUUUUUAAAGAAUUUAAAUUCAAUUUUAAAAACGUUUGCUAGCGCAUUAGAAUUACUAUUUACAGCAGUCCUGUGUUGGUUCAUAUUCAGUAUUCCUAUUCAUUUAAAUACUGUAGUUUCGAUAGCUAUGGUGAGUUAUGCAGUGAUAUUAUAUUCGCAAAAUCCAGUACAAAAUGUUAAAACGAAAGAAAGAACAAAGGCUGAUAGCAUAGUUUAAUGAAAUUAAUUAAGUAAAUUUCUAUUAUUCGAUACAUCUAAUUGAUUCUAAGAAUAUUUUACCUCAUACAAAUCUGUUACUUAUGUGUUCGUCGUUUACGCUUUAUAUUAAACAACUUUUAUAAGAUAAAUGUAUAAUUUUUAUAUAGUAUUAUAAACUGUAACUGAUUUA